UUCAUUUUCAAAUCCGAUGCACAUGCAUUGAGGACAUUUGGAUUGAGGACAUCGGAGCGGAUUGGUUGGUUAGUGUGUUGAGGACGUCCGGGGAGAGAGGCCACCGCUGCUGCUCAGGAAGGUAGGCACGCAGUGUGCAGCAUCAGAUGCAGCAGCAGCGAGAUCUCACAAGAAUGCACUGCUUUGUCCCCGUCAGAACAGAUCUUCGUUGGACUCUUCAGUGAUGUCUUCGCCGUCCUCUCUGCUGGUGCUCACUCUCGAGGAGGCCAGCGACCUCAUUGUGGACGCCGAACGGUCGCUCUCAUCUCAUCUGCGGCACACGCUCGAGACCAUACAGCGCGGCACACACGAGUCCAUCCGGCGGCUCCACGGCCUCCUGCCGGCACUCAUCGACAAUGCUUCCAUGCCGCUUGGCGUGUCGGUGGGGGCCGAUGUGCUGAUGCUGUGGAUGAGUGCCUGGUGCGGGAGGUGCGGUGCAUUCGGGCGUCUGCAUCUCGAGCAAGAGGGCGAAGGCGAUGAGAGAGGCGGAUGAGGAGAAGGAGUCGGUCGGUAUGCCUCUGCAAG